AUGACAAGAGGAACAGGAGCAAAAGAUCAAAAGCUUGAAAAACAGAUGGGGUGCAUGGCAGGUUUCCUACACAUCUUCGAUCGCCACCACUCAUUUCCCGUUAAAAGACUCAAUUCCUCAAAACCAACGGAACCGGAAACAAACGGUAGUAACUCACCAGCUGAAUCAACACCAGAAACAGAAACAACAACUCAACCGGAAAAACCGACUCUUCAGAUUCUUCCGGUUUUCGAUUUCAAGGAAGGAACAAGAUCUUCGUGGAAACUCGCCAGAGAAGCUCCAAGACUAUCGUUAGAUAGCAGAGCCGUAAUGGAUGCAAAAGGAACAAUUCAUCCUAAAGAUGAUGAAAAACGACGACGUUCCACUAGCGUUGUUGCAAAGCUCAUGGGUCUGGAAGACUCUGAUCCCAACCCUAACCCUAACUCUAACCCUAACCCUAACCCGAAGCUACAAAGAUCAGCUUCGGAAUCAACGGUUCACAGAGAUCUAUAUCAUUCUCAACAGUAUCGUUUCUUUGACACUACGAAUUUCCAAUUAAAGCAAAUCGACACAGACUCAGAUCUAACUGAGAAAACAGAAUCAGUCAGAGGAAAGGUAACGAAACAAAAGAAGUGUUUCUAUGAUUCUGCAGACUUUUUCCCUGGUCCGAAACAGAGUGUUUCUGUCUCUGUUCAAGGUGAGAUUGAGAAACGGUUGAAGAUGCGUGGGAUUCAUGAACCUUCUAAAGAUCUCGAGACGCUGAAACAAAUACUUGAAGCAUUGCAGCUGAAAGGGCUUUUACAUUCUAAGAAAUUAACAAAUCAUAGAAACUUCGUCGAUGAGAAUGUGAACGAGAACGAUUCGCCUAUAGUUCUUAUGAAGCCAGGAAAAUCAAUACAUCGAACCGGAACCGGGAAUGAUUCUCCACCACCAGCCUCCACUUUCCGGUCCAAACCAAAGGCUCCAACUGAUCAUAUUCAACCUAAUGUUAGAAACAGAAACACCGCGAACUCCCCCACGCGCAGUCCUAACUGCGUGAGGAAGGUUACCGGCGUGGAGACACAGCGAAAAGUGAACGACGCUCUUGAUCGCCGAACAGUUUCUCCGGUUCAAUCCCCGAAGACUGAACCGAACCGGCAAUCGCCGAUUCGGUCGCCGAGGAUGAGAAAAGUUAGUACAACUUACCAAAAGGAAGAGAAAACCAUGACAGAAGAUGAAGCAUCCAUUGUUUCCGACAGUAGUUUCAGUAACUCUUCACAUACAGACACCGAGAGGCUAAUUAAGGUGGUGGACCAAUACAGAGAAGGGAAAGAGCUACUGCAGAGGUGUGAUAAAUUACUCAACAGUAUAGCGGAAAUAACUGAGUCACAACAACCGAGUCCCGUAUCGGUUCUCGACUCGUCGUUUUACAAAGACGGCUCGUCUAGUUCACCAUCUCCAAUAAUGAAAAAAUGCAUUGAAUAUAAAGAUGUAGAAGCGGAGUCAGAAGAAGAUGCUUGGAGUACAGCUUUGUGUUCAAACGAAACCAAGUCAGAGGAUUCCGAAUUCGUAUAUGUAUCAGAAGUACUUCGUGCUUCUAACUACUUGCCCAAAGACAAAGACAAUGACAUGUUUCUGAUACUGGAACAGCAACAGUACCUCAAGGGAAACAACAACACUUCCAAAGUUUCCACUCUUCAAAGAAAGUUAAUCUUUGACACGAUUCAUGAGAUUCUCAACUGUAAACGCCGUUUGCCACCGUGGAAGUUAGAGAACACGCCGUCGUUGGUUCAAAUCUGGUCGGAGUUUCGGAGAAUCCGAGAGAGGGAAGAGUCUGAGGAUAUGUUUGAGGUGAUAUGUGGAGUGUUGAAGAAGGACAUGAAUGGAGAAAAUGAAUGGAGUGAAUGCCACGUGGAAAUUGGAGAUGUAGUGUUGGACAUCGAACGGUUCAUAUUCAAAGAUCUUAUAUGCGAAACCAUUGGAGAUUUAGCAUUGUGUAGAGGAGUACCACGUAACAAAGUUUCGGUGCUUCGCAGGAAGUUAGAGUUUUAUAAUUAG